CGGCUUCUCAGGACCCCUCCUUAGCGGGCUUGGGGUGAAGUUCGCCAAGAGCCACAAGCAGGUCUGAUCAACAUAAUACCCCCUGCCUCACACACACACACACUUUGUUUUCGUGAAAUGUCUUUUUGGAGUGUAAAAAUGUCUGACCAUUAAAAAUCCUAUUUUCCCUAACCCUACACACACACACACACACACACACACUUGUGCACACACACAUACACACGCACACAGAAGCCUUGCACAUGCACACACCACCACCACUAUUGACACCUCUUCUCACCCACUGUAUACAUGGAUGUGCACUGUGUCAAAGUGAUUGCCUCUAUGGCCAUGAUAAUAGGUGGUCUGAUAUGUCUUGUCCUUAAAUUGUUGUGUUCUGUCUGUCUAUGUAGAAGUGCACAGAUGUGGAUGAGUGUGCUGACCUCUCCAAAACCUGCGUGCCCAACUCUGUCUGCAUCAACACAGAGGUCAGUAGUGGAAAGGGAGUCAGAGGUUGCUAGGUGAAAUACUUUUAUCACUUAAAAUAAAUACAUGAUUCCCUUUCUCUGUGUCUAUCUCUCUGUCUCCCUCUCUCUCCCCUUCUGUCUUCCCCCAACUCCCUCCUCCAUCUCGCCCUCCCACCUCAGGGCUCGUUCAGGUGUGGUCCGUGUAAGGAGAGCUUCGUGGGCAACCAGACUGUGGGCUGUUUCCUGCGGAGGUCCUGCGCCACGCUUGGCUUCAACCCCUGUGACGUCAACGCCCACUGCAUCAUAAAGGGUGCUGCCAGGGUCUCCUGCGAGGUAAGACACGCAUAGCACAUCUCAAUAGGCUAAAGACGCUUGUAAAAUUAUGUUGUUAAAGGGAUAUUUCACCCAAAUUACAAAAUGACACAUUGGUUUCCAGCAAUUCAUGCUUUGGUUUAGUUUCCCUGGCACUGUUUCCACAUGCUAAUGAUUUAGCAUUUGUGGCACAAAUCCCAUUCAAGUCAUGGGACCGAUAUUAGCAUUUUUCGUGCAUCAUGUCCAAAUCAUCCAAAAGUAUCUAAAAUUGAUUGUGAAGCUCAACAAAGUCCCUUAUAGAUUAUUUCAACAUGAUGCAUGAAAAAUGCUAGUAUCGGUCCCAUGACAUGAAAAAGAUUUGUGCCAGAAACGCUAAAAUAUUGUAUGUGGAAACAAAACUAAACCAAAGCAUGGAUUUAUGUCAGUGCCUUGCAAAAGUAUCCAUCCCCCUUGGCAUUUUUCCUAUUUUGUUGCAUUACAACCUGUAAUUGAAAUGGAUUUUUAUUUGGAUUUCAUGUAACGGACAUACACAAAAUAGUCCAAAUUGGUGAAGUCAAAUGAAAAAAAUAAUGUGUUAAGAAAAAGUAUAAAAAAUGUAUAAUGGAAAAGUGGUGCGUGCAAAUGUAUUCACCCCCUUUGCUAUGAAGCCCCUAAAUAAGAUCUGGUGCAACCAAUUACCUUCAGAAGUCACAUAAUUAGUUAAAUAAAGUCCACCUGUGUGCAAUCUAAGUGUCACAUGAUCUCAGUAUAUAUACACCUGUUCUGAAAGGCCCCAGAGUCUGCAACACCACUAAGCAAGGGGCACAACCAAGCAAGCGCACCAUGAAGACCAAGGAGCUCUCCAAACAGGUCAGGGACAAAGUUGUGGAGAAGUACCGAUCAGGGUUGGGUUAUAAAAAAAUAUACGAAACUUUGAACAUCCCAUGGAGCACCAUUAAAUCCAUUAUUAAAAAAUGGAAAGAAUAUGGCACCACAACAAACCUGCCAAGAGAGGGCCGCCCACCAAAACUCACGGCCCAGGCAAGGAGGGCAUUAAUCAGAGAGGCAACAAAGAGACCAAAGAUAACCCUGAAGGAGCUGCAAAGCUCCACAUUGGAGAUUGGAGUAUCUGUCCAUAGGACCACUUUAAGCCGUACACUCCACAGAGCUGGGCUUUACGGAAGAGUGGCCAGAAAAAAGCAAUUGCUUAAAGAAACACGUUUGGUGUUCGCCAAAAGGCAUGUGGGAGACUCCCCAAACAUAUGGAAGAAGGUACUCUGGUCAGAUGAGACUAAUAUUGAGCUUUUUGGCCAUUAAGGAAAACGCUAUGUCUGGCGCAAACCCAACACCUCUCAUCACCCCAAGAACACCAUCCCCACAGUGAAGCAUGUUGGUGGCAGCAUCAUGCUGUGGGGAUGUUUUUCAUCGGCAGGGACUGGGAAACUGAUCAGAAUUUAAGGAAUGAUGGAUGGCGCUAAAUACAGGGAAAGUCUUGAGGGAAACCUGUUUCAGUCUUCCAGUAAUUUGAGACUGGGACGGAGGUUCACCUUCCAGCAGGACAAUGACCCUAAGCAUACUGCUAAAGCAACACUUGAGUGGUUUAAGGGGAAACAUUUAGAUGUCUUGGAAUGGCCUAGUCAAAGCCCAGACCUCAAUCCAAUUGAAAAUCUGUGGUAUGACUUAAAGAUUGCUGUACACCAGCUGAACCCAUCCAACUUGAAGGAGCUGGAGCAGUAUUGCCUUGAAGAAUGGACAAAAAUCCCAGUGGCUAGAUGUGCCAAGCUUAUAGCGACAUACCCCAAGAGACUUGCAGCUGUAAUUGCUGCAAAAGGUUGCUCUACAAAGUACCCCAAGAGACUUGCAGCUGUAAUUGCUGCAAAAGGUUGCUCUACAAAGUAUUGACUUUGGGGGGGUGAACAGUAAUGCACGCUCAAGUUUUCUGUUUUUUUGUCUUAUUUCUUGUAUGUUUCACAAGAAAAAAUAUUUUGCAUCUUCAAAGUGGUAGGCAUGUUGUGUAAAUCAAAUGAUACAAACCCCCCCAAAAUCCAUUUAAAUUCCAGGUUGUAAGGCAACAAAAUAGGAAAAAUGCCAAGAGGGGUGAAGACUUUCACAAGCCACUGUACCUUGUCCCUACACUGCUUACAGGGUAAGGAAACCAAUAUGUCAUUUUGAAAUUUGGGGGAACUAUCCUUUCAAUGUCUUUUUAGCAACAAGAAAGAAACCGUCUUUCUAGAUAAUAAAACGUGUUGUCAUGGAAAAUACGUCUUUAUCUGGUUGUAACAGAGACCAGUUGGUUGUUUUCUGGUUAUACAGUAUGACAUCAUUAAGAAAUCAUGUUCAAAUUUUUUACCACUUAGUAUAUUCUCUCUGAAUAUCUCUUUGAUUCCCUUCCAGUGUAAUGUGGGCUGGGCAGGUAAUGGGCAUACAUGUGGUCCAGACACAGACAUCGAUGGCUACCCUGACCAGCCUCUCCCCUGCAUAGACAAUGACUAUCACUGCCGAGCCGUAAGCAUGUUACACACACACACACACACACAAAACACUAACAAAAUGUCUAAUUUACCACAAUCAUCAUGUGUUGUGUUCCCUAUGCAGGACAACUGUGUGAACACGCCCAACUCUGGCCAGGAGGACGCAGACGGAGAUGGUAUAGGUGACCAGUGUGAUGAAGAUGCGGACGGAGACAGCAUCAAGAACAUGGAGGUCAGUCUAGCCUUGUAUCAAAGACAGUACAGGAUGAAGAUAGGCUAAAACUGUUUCUCCAACAGAAAUCCCAGAUCACACUUGUAGGCGAUGUCAUCGCGACGUUGCCUAGCUCAUGCGUAGAAACAUGUCAUCGGGUCUAACGGUCGUCUCAUGCCGAACUGUGCAUGUGCAGGCCGUCAAAUCAAAGCUACUUCUUCAAUAUAAAGUUUUUGACGAAAAUUCAAUUGUGUCAGUUUGUCAAUUUCACAAGGUUGAAGUAAUAACAUGUUCAACUACUUAAGACAUUGGCUCGAAUCAAGGUUGUGCCUUUACAUUUUGAGAAAAUUAACAAGUAAGGAAGAAUGUUUCACUUCUCUCAUUGACUCUUCAAACCAUGGCCUGGUCUGUUUGGUCUGUUUCGCAAGCGUUCCCGGAAGUCUUGCGAUGUUGCGCCUCUGGGUUUAGAAACUCUGUGCUUGUAUUCUGUCGGUGUGUGGUCAUGUUCAUUAGGCAAAAUGGAAUCUCCCUGAUUCCACUUCACACCAUUUAGUUUUUCCUCUUUGUUUUUCUAGGACAACUGCCGUCUGGUCCCCAACAAGGAUCAACAGAACUCGGACACAGACUCAUAUGGGGACGCGUGUGACAACUGCCCCAAUGUUCCCAACAGCAGCCAGAAGGACACAGACGGAAACGGGGCUGGGGACACCUGUGACAAUGACAUUGAUGGGGAUGGUAGGCUAUGGAUCGCUUAGGACAGGGCUAUUCAAUUACUGUCCCACAAGGACAAAAGUACUGCUCUGGUUUUUUCCCACCUGGUAGUUAAUUGAUUGAUUCAUAUUAUUGAUUGUGUUCCUUGUUUGAUUUAGUUCCUGAAUAGAUGGAGAGAAUGGAAAACUGAAGUGUUUCGGCCCUCCUGGGCCCGUAUUCACAAAGAAUCUCAGAGUAGGAGUGCUGAUAUAGGAUCACUUUUGCCUUUCAGAUCAUAAUGAAUAAGAGUAUAUGAACAGGGAGGACUUCAUCCUAGAUCAUCAGCACUCUACUCUGAGACACUUUGUGAAUACGGGCCCAAGACCGUCAUUGAAUUCUCAUCUUCCUCCUUCUCGUCCUCUCGCCAGGUAUCCCAAACGUGCUGGACAACUGUCCCAAGGUGCCCAACCCUAUGCAGACUGACCGUGACGGGGAUCGAGUGGGGGAUGCCUGUGACAGCUGCCCAGAAGUCAACGACCCCAUGCAGGUCAGAGGUCAAGAAUAACAUUUAAGAGAGUUGAAAUAAAAAUAUAGUUUAUUGAGGAAAUCUUUGAAACCUCUUUUCUCCAUUCAGUCUGAUAUGGACAACGACCUAGUGGGAGAUGUGUGUGACACCAACCAGGACAUGUGAGUGAUCUUACUAGUUUUCUGGUUUAGGGGACUUCAGAACCAGAUAAAGAGGUUUUUUUUUUUUUUUUUUUUUUUUUUUUUUUUUUUUUUUGUCAUUUAGCAGACGCUCUUAUCCAGAGCGACUUACAGGAGCAAUUAGGGUUAAGUGCCUUGCUCAAGGGCACAUCGACAGAUUUUUUCACCUAGUCGGCUCGGGGAUUAGAACCAGCGACCUUUCGGUUACUGGCACUACGCUCUUAACCACUAAGCUACCUGCCGCCCCAUCCUAGAUCAUCAUUUUGGGGUUGUUAUCUGGUUAUAUAACCAGAUGACAACCAGGCUGAACCAGGUAAAGCUGUCUUUUUCUUGUAGCUAAAAAGAUAUGUAAAAACAUAAUUUUACAGUAAGUAUACAACCUGACUGUCAAAACAAAUGUCAGACUGACAUCAUUGCAACCAGUCUUGCCUGCUGGGCCAAUGAGCCUGUUCCUAAUGUCCCGGUCUUGUCCAGGGAUGGGGAUGGCCACCAGGACUCCAGGGACAACUGUCCAGACGUCCCUAACAGCUCCCAGCUGGACUCAGACAACGACGGCAUCGGUGACGAAUGCGACGAUGACGACGACAAUGAUGGCAUUCCAGAUACGAGACCUCCCGGGCCAGAUAACUGCCGUCUCAUCCCUAACCCCAGCCAGACAGACACUGAUGGUAUGGAAGGAGUCACAUGGAAAGAAAUGCUUUGUUUUAACCCUUUGACACGUACAAACACAUGGGUGUGAUCAUUCUACAGUGGUCCCUGCAGCGUAUGCUCAAACCGGUGUGAUUAGAACACUUAUUUAGAACGUUACGAUUGACGCAACAGCCAGUGUUUGAGCUGGCCAUAUUAGUCUUAGCGCUAACUAAGGAAAGAGUGACCUAACACAAUCGGUCAUAUUUAGCUAACUCUCGGCUGACAGAAACCAUAAUAUGAAUUAGCUAAUAGCAAUUACUAUUUACAAUUCAUCACAUCACGGGUGACCUCACCAGUGAUCGAAAUAAUUGAGUAAAACCCUUUCUAAAAAUCUAAAGUUAUCAGACGAUGGGUAGUUUGUGCGCGCUGCCAUGUGUGUUUGUUCGCGUCACCCAAAGAUAAAGAGGUUACAAGAUGAGUUGGGUCUGUUUGCAGUAUGCAUGUUAAAGGGGGUGUGUCGUCUAACAUCAUUCACUUCCGGAGGUUUACUCGAAAGACGAGUGAACCAUCCCUUCACCUCGUUUUGCUAUAACAUCUUUGGUCUGACAGGCCUUUACGUGAAUGCAUUGUAUGAGGUCAACAAACAUGGUGCCACACAUAGCUGGCAAUUAGCUUAAAAUUAGCUCAUCAUAAUCAGUACAACCUUCAAAAAAGUAUUUUACACACAUCAUAUGUGUCCAUUACAAUCUAUGCAAGAAUCGGAAUGCAUGAUUUGUCACCAGUACUUGAAAACGUUAAUUAAACAGUAAAUACAUUAUGCACCAUACUUACGGUGUGCUACAGCAGAAACGACAACACGAUAUACAGAAACUAUAAUGAUAGCGUAAUAAGGCACACGUCCAAAGUUAUUAUUAGUAGUGAAGACAAUGUGGGCGCCAGCCGGAAAAUGUGCCAGGGAGGGAAAAAGUUUGUGCUUGGGCUCACAUUGAAGAGAGAAGUUUGUCCUGCUCAGUAAAGCCUCAAACGUAAAUUGUCCGCAACAGUGAAAUGGGCUACUUCUAUGUGAAUUAAUGAGGAUGCGGAACACACCUCAAUUCAAACUGUUAGAAAAUAAAACUCGUUAGAAAAUAAUUUGAAAUUGACUAGUUAAAACAGCCUAUAAAUAAUUAGCAGGCAGCGUGUCUUGGUUUGAGGGCAGCGUGGGUUAACUGUCCAGUUGCGUAACAAUCUCAUUUUGGAACAAGUGAGUGCAUUCUGACAUCACGUGCAUAAAAAAACUCACACUGGGGCGACCUUUCGAGAUAGUUGAAACUCACAUGUGAAAAGGUUAACAGGAUUAAAAAGGCCCAAUCUGUAACUUUCCAGACACGCACAGAGGGGUAGCACUUUUUACUGGAAAUAAAGUUAAAAGUAGAAUUUCGCAUUCUGUUUGAAAUGUUUUGGCAUUUUAUUGGCCUUCUGACAAACUACCACAGGCCACCUAUGUUUGUUUGUCCUAAACUAUACUGUAUGUCAUACUACAGUAACCUAUUUUCUCUAUAGUCCCAUCCCCAUCUGUGAUCUCAGAGUGGUAUAUGUUUGUGUAUUUUUGUGUCUCCCUUAUCCAAUCAGGAAAUGGCGUUGGUGACAUGUGCGAGAAUGACUUUGACAACGACUCAGUGAUCGACUUGAUUGACGUGUGUCCAGAGAGCGCUGAAGUCACAAUGACCGACUUCAGAGCCUAUCAGACGGUCAUCCUGGACCCGGAGGGCGAUGCCCAAAUCGACCCCAACUGGAUAGUGCUCAAUCGGGUGACCAUUUGGAAUAUUCCCAUCUAGAAAACAAACAUUAUAUUGUAUGUACUUAAAUUAAUUUAGCAUUGUUCUGGAAUUUAAUUUUAGGGUAUGGAAAUUGUUCAAACCAUGAACAGUGACCCUGGUUUGGCCAUAGGUAAGUCUGUAAACCUCCUUCUGCCGCUCUGUGUAUCUUUCUGUCUGUAUUUCUCUGCUCCUCCCCCCUCUCUUUAUCCCACCUUAUCUCCUUUUUAAGUGAAGAUGUCUCAUAAAAGAGCAUGAAAAAUCAAGUAUCUCGCUCUCUCCCUCCACCCGAUCCCCACCAGGCUAUACAGCCUUUAACGGGGUAGACUUUGAGGGGACGUUCCACAUCAACACGGCCACAGAUGAUGACUACGUGGGCUUCAUCUUCGGCUACCAGGACUCGUCCAGCUUCUACGUGGUCAUGUGGAAACAGACGGAGCAGACCUACUGGCAGUCGCUGCCUUUUAGCGCCAUGGCCCAGCCAGGCCUGCAACUGAAGGUGGGGCACACAGGAAAUUACACCAGUUGGUUUUAAAGGGACAUUACACUCAAACAUCAGAAGUUUGUCAGAUGUUUUCAAACCUUCAAAGUAGUCUUAUGUCAAUAGGAGUCCAUAUCCCACACCAUCCAGUUGUGUAGUUCCAGCUACAUGCCUCAACUCCAAAUGUAAUAGAUCUUAGAAAACCCCAGCCACACACGUGACUUUACUCCCUUUUCUCUACAGGCAGUGAAGUCACGUACGGGUCCAGGCGAGUACCUCCGUAACGCCCUGUGGCACACGGGCGACACCCCAGGUGAGGUCACCCUGCUGUGGAAGGACCCCCGGAAUGUGGGCUGGAAGGACAAGACAUCCUACCGCUGGCACCUCAGCCACCGCCCGCAGGUGGGCUAUAUCAAGUGAGCAAAACUUCAAAGGGCAUUACAGCCACAAAUGCUCCACUCCUAGUUGUAUUCUCCUGCCAAUUUUAUUUAAUUUUUUAUUUAACCUUUAUUUUAAUAUUGAGAUCUUGAGACCUAUAAAUAUACACAUUUUACACACCAAAAAAAGUAUAUAUACUGAACAAAAAUAUAAAUGCAACAUUCAACAAUUUCAAAGAAGUCAGUCAAUUGAAAUAAAUUCAUUAGGCCCUAAUCUAUGGAUUUCACAUCACUGGGCAGGGGUGCAGCCAUGGGUGGGCAUAGGCCCAACCACUUGUCAGCCAGGCCCACCCACUGGGGAGUCAGGCCCAGCAAUCAGAAUGAGUUUUUCCCUACAAAAGGGCUUUAUUACAGACAGAAAUACUCCUCAGCAGACCAGCAGUUUGGACACACCUACUCAUUCAAGGGGUUUUCUUUAUUUUUACUAUUUUUUAAUAAUAAUAAUAAUACUUAUUAUUAUUAUUAUUUAAAUAUUAGUCAAAGAUAACACAAAAUGCAGUUUUGAAAUGAAGGUUGUUAUUAUUAAGGGAAAACAAAAUCCAAACCUACAUGGCCCUGUGUGAAAAAGUGUUUGCCCCCCCUGUUAUAACACAACUCAACUGUGGUUUAUCACACCUGAGUUCAAUUCCUCUAGCCACACCCAGGCCUGAUUACUGCCACACCUGUUCUCAAUCAAGGAAUCACUUCAAUAGGACCUGCCUGACAAAGUGAAGUAGACCAAAAGAUCCUCAAAAGCUAGACAUGCCGAGAUCCAAAGAAAUUCAUGAACAAAUGAGAAAGAAAGUAAUUGAGAUCCAUCAGUCUGGAAAAGGUUAUAAAGCCAUUUCUAAAGCUUUGGGACUCCAGCGAACCACAGUGAGAGCCAUUAUCCACAAAUGGCGAAAACAUGGAACAGUGGUGAACCUUCCCAGGAGUGGCCGGCCGACCAAAAUUACCCCAAGAGCGCAGCGACGACUCAUCCAAGACCCCACAACAACAUCCAAAGAGCUGCAGGCCUCACUUGCCUCAGUUAAGGUCAGUGUUCAUGACUCCAACAUAAGAAAGAGACUGGGCAAAAAUGGCCUGCAUGGCAGAGUUCCAAGACGAAAACCACUGCUGAGCAAAAAUAACAUUAAGGCUCGUCUCAUUUUUGCCAGGAAACAUAUUGAUGAUCCCCAAGACCUUUGGGAAAAUAUUCUGUGGACUGACGAGACAAAAGUUGAACUUUUUGGAAGGUGUGUGUCCCAUUACAUCUGGCGUAAAAGUAACACCGCAUUUCAGAAAAAGAACAUCAUACCAACAGUAAAAUAUGGUGGAGGUAGUGUGAUGGUCUGGGCCUGUUUUGCUGCUUCAGGACCUGGAAGACUUGCUGUGAUAACUGGAACCAUGAAUUCUGCUGUCUACCAAAAAAUCCUGAAGGAGAAUGUCCGGCCAUCUGUUCGUGACCUCAAGCUGAAGCGAACUUGGGUUCUGCAGCAGUACAAUGAUCCAAAACACACCAGCAAGUCCACCUCUGAAUGGCUGAAGAAAAACAAAAUGAAGACUUUGGAGUGGCCUAGUCAAAGUCCUGACCUGAAUCCUAUUGAGAUGCUGUGGCAUGACCUUAAAAAGGCAGUUCAUGCUCGAAAACCCUCCAAUUGGGCUGAAUUACAACAAUUCUGCAAAGAUGAGUGGGCCAAAAUUCCUCCACAGCGCUGUAAAAGACUCAUUGCAAGUUAUCGCAAACGCUUGAUUGCAGUUGUUGCUGCUAAGGGUGGCCCAACCAGUUAUUAGGUUGUAGGGGGCAAUCACUUUUUCACACAGGGCCAUGUGGGUUUGGAUUUUGUUUUCCCUUAAUAAUAACAACCUUCAUUUCAAAACUGCAUUUUGUGUUUACUUGUGUUAUCUUUGACUAAUAUUUAAAUUAGUUUGAUCUGAAACAUUUAAGUGUGACAAACAUGCAAACAAAUAAGAAAUCAGGAAGGGAGCAAACACUUUUUCACACCACUGUACAUACAGUUGAAGUCGGAAGUUUACAUACACAUUAGCCACAUAUAUUUAAACUCAGUUUUUCACAAUUCCUGACAUUUAAUACUAGUAAAAAUUCCCUGUCUUAGGUCAGUUAGGAUCACCACUUUAUUUUAAGAAUAUGAAAUGUCAGAAUAAUAGUAGAGAGAAUUAUUUAUUUCAGCUUUUAUUUAUUUCAUCACAUUCCCAGUGGGUCAGAAGUUUACAUACACUCAAUUAGUAUUUGGUAGCAUUGCCUUUAAAUUGUUUAACUUGGGUCAAACGUGUCGGGUAGCCUUCAACAAGCUUCCCACAAUAAGUUGGGUGAAUUUUGGCCCAUUCCUCCUGACAGAGCUGGUGUAACUGAGUCAGGUUUGUAUGUAGGCCUCCUUGCUCGAACAUGCUUUUUCAGUUCUGCCCACAAAUGUUCUAUAGGAUUGAGGUCAGGGCUUUGUGAUGGCCACUCCAAUACCUUGACUUUGUUGUCCUUAAGCCAUUUUGCUUGGGGUCAUUGUCCAUUUGGAAGACCCAUUUGCGACCAAGCUUUAACUUCCUGACUGAUGUCUUGAGAUGUUGCUUCAAUAUAUCCACAUAAUUUUCCUUCCUCAUGAUGCCAUCUAUUUUGUGAAGUGCACCAGUCCCUCCUGCAGCAAAGCACCCCCACAGCAUGAUGCUGCCACCCCCGUGCUUCAAGCUGCUGCCUUUUUGCUCCAAACAUAACAAUGGUCAUUAUGGCCAAACAGUUCUAUUUUUGUUUCAUCAGACAAGAGGACAUUUCUCCAAAAAGUACAAAUCUUUGUCCUCAUGUGCAGUUGCAAACCGUAGUCUGGCUUUUUUAUGGCGGUUUUGGAGCAGUGGCUUUUUCCUUGCUGAGCGGCCUUUCAGGUUAUGUCAAUAUACGACUUGUUUUACUGUGGAUAUAGAUACUUUUGUACCUGUUUCCUCCAGCAUCUUCACAAGGUCCUUUGCUGUUGUUCUGGGAUUGAUUUGCACUUUUCGUACCAAAGUAUGUUAAUCUCUAGGAGACAGAACGUGUCUCCUUCCUGAGCGGUUUGACGGCUGCGUGGUCCCAUGGUGUUUAUACUUGCGUACUAUUGUUUGUACAGAUGAACGUGGUACCUUCAGGCGUUUGGAAAUUGCUCCCAAGGAUGAACCAUACUUGUGGAGGUCAAAAUAAAUUUCUCUGAGGUCUUGGCUGAUUUCUUUUCAUUUUCCCAUGAUGUCAAGCAAAGAGGCAUUGAGUUUGAAGGUACGCCUUGAAAUACAUCCACAGGUACACCUCCAAUUGACUCAAAUGAUGUCAAUUAUCCUAUCAGAAGCAUCUAAAGCCAUGACAUCACUUUCUGGAAUUUUCCAAACUGUUUAAAAGGCACAGUCAACUUAGUGUAUGUAAACUUCUGACCCACUGGAGUUGUGAUACAGUGAAUUAUAAGUGAAAUAAUCUGUCUGUAAACAAUUGUUGGAAAAAUGACUUGUGUCAUGCACAAAGUAGAUGUCUUAACCGACUUGCCAAAGCUAUAGUUUGUUAACAAGAAAUUUGUGGAGUGGUUGAAAAACGAGUUUCAAUGACUCCAACAUAAGUGUAUGUAAACUUCUGACUUCAACUGUACAUACAUACAUACGCUUGGUGGAGGCCCUAGGAACAUCAAGAGUUAACCAAUCCUGUGAAUGGGUUAGGCAACUCAGGUGUCUAUAAUUCAACAGCAAAGUUAGAGAAGAUGGACGUUUAUGAAGUAGGGCCUUCCUCACUGUUUCAUUGAGCCGUUUACUGAAUAGAGAUAGAUCUAUAACUCUUGAUGGCUAUACAGUAUCUGUAUAUAAUUCAGAUGAUAGAGAGAGAUCUGUACGGCUCUUCAUUGUGUAUAUCUAUGCCACAGCGUGAGGCUGUAUGAAGGCAUGACAUUGGUGGCAGACUCGGGCAUGGUGGUGGACACCUCAAUGAGGGGCGGGAGGCUGGGCGUCUUCUGCUUCUCCCAGGAGCAAAUCAUCUGGUCCAACCUGGGCUAUCGCUGCAACGGUAUGUCAACCCUCUCAGAACAGAAUUUUCUUGAAUUGGAAUUUAACCUCUUGAAUUUAUUACAUUGAAAUGGUUAUAGCUUCCUGGUUGUGUUAUAAUCUUUCUUUCUAUCUUAUCAGAUACUGUACCAGAGGACUAUGAGUUCUACCGCAAGCAGAUCCACGUCAGGGUGUGA